CUAUCUGCUGUCUCUACCUCCUACACGUCUCUUCUCAUCCUUCAAUAUCGCUGUUCUUCUGCCCACAGUGAACAUGGAAUGUAGAAAAUGCUUGGCUUUAACAGCACUUCUGUCUUUGGUGUAUCUUGUGAAUGGCAAUGCUGAGUGUCAAAAACGAGUGCCAUUUUUACUAUUUCUACAUUCCAACAACUUCGUCUGCAGGUACACUAAAUCGGAACAUUUUUCCUACUUCAAGACCCACACUGAAACUUACAGAAAGAGUUGGUGUAUCUUCGGUUGUAAGCAGACUAGAAUUGCGAGGCUUGUCAAAUGGGGAACUCGGACGUACACAGCUUAUCGCUAUGAGAAAAUUUGCUGUGAUGGAUAUAAGGAAAUAAAUUCUGUAUGUAGCCCUAUCUGUAAUCCAAGCUGUGUUCACAGUCAAUGUAUAGCCCCGAACGUUUGCUCCAAAUGCGAUGCUGGCUACAUGAAACACCCAAGCAACAAUACGAGCUGCAUACCUGUUUGCAGUUCUGGGUGUACAAAUGCACAAUGCACAUCACCUGAUGUGUGCACAUGCAACAAUGGCUACACAAAAGAUCACAACAAUAGCAACAAAUGUCUUCCUAUCUGUAGUCCGGCAUGCAUAAAUGCACAAUGCACAUUACCUGAUGUGUGCACAUGCAACAAUGGCUACACAAAAGAUCACAACAAUAGCAACAAAUGUCUUCCUAUCUGUAGUCCGGCAUGCAUAAAUGCACAAUGCACAUUACCUGAUGUGUGCACAUGCAACAAUGGCUACACAAAAGAUCACAACAAUAGCAACAAAUGUCUUCCUAUCUGUAGUCCGGCAUGCAUAAAUGCACAAUGCACAUUACCUGAUGUGUGCACAUGCAACAAUGGCUACACAAAAGAUCACAACAAUAGCAACAAAUGUCUUCCUAUCUGUAGUCCGGCAUGCAUAAAUGCACAAUGCACAUUACCUGAUGUGUGCACAUGCAACAAUGGCUACACAAAAGAUCACAACAAUAGCAACAAAUGUCUUCCUAUCUGUAGUCCGGCAUGCAUAAAUGCACAAUGCACAUUACCUGAUGUGUGCACAUGCAACAAUGGCUACACAAAAGAUCACAACAAUAGCAACAAAUGUCUUCCUAUCUGUAGUCCGGCAUGCAUAAAUGCACAAUGCACAUUACCUGAUGUGUGCACAUGCAACAAUGGCUACACAAAAGAUCACAACAAUAGCAACAAAUGUCUUCCUAUCUGUAGUCCUGCAUGCAUAAAUGGGCAAUGCACAGCACCAAAUGUCUGCACGUGUAGUACUGGUUACGGAGAAUACCUUCCGAACAGCAAGUUCUGUGUUGCCAUUUGUAAUCCACACUGCAUAAAUGGAAUUUGUACGAAGCCCAAUGUUUGCUCUUGUAAUAGUGGCUACAGUAAAGAUCUUAUUAUUAGUAACAAAUGUUCACCGAUUUGCAUCCCAGCCUGUACAAAUGGACAGUGCAUUUACCCUAAUAUCUGCACAUGCAACGUUGGAUUUUCGAGAGAUAUUAAUAAUUCCAAAAACUGUGUGCCAGUAUGUAGUGAUGAAUGUAUAAAUGGAAUAUGUACAGCUCCAAAUACUUGCACAUGCAAAGCUGGAUUCAUUAAGGAUGGAAACAGUAACACAAAGUGUGUACCAGUUUGUGAUCCUGAAUGUAUUAAUGGAUUAUGUACCGAACCGAACGUAUGUACCUGUGACGACGGAUUUACAAACGACACAGAAAACACAACAAUGUGUGUACCGGUAUGUGAUCCUGAAUGUAUUAAUGGAUUAUGUACCGAACCGAACGUAUGUACCUGUGACGACGGAUUUACAAACGACACAGAAAACACAACAAUGUGUGUACCGGUAUGUGAUCCUGAAUGUAUUAAUGGAUUAUGUACCGAACCGAACGUAUGUACCUGUGACGACGGAUUUACAAACGACACAGAAAACACAACAAUGUGUGUACCGGUAUGUGAUCCUGAAUGUAUUAAUGGAUUAUGUACCGAACCGAACGUAUGUACCUGUGACGACGGAUUUACAAACGACACAGAAAACACAACAAUGUGUGUACCGGUAUGUGAUCCUGAAUGUAUUAAUGGAUUAUGUACCGAACCGAACGUAUGUACCUGUGACGACGGAUUUACAAACGACACAGAAAACACAACAAUGUGUGUACCGGUAUGUGAUCCUGAAUGUAUUAAUGGAUUAUGUACCGAACCGAACGUAUGUACCUGUGACGACGGAUUUACAAACGACACAGAAAACACAACAAUGUGUGUACCGGUAUGUGAUCCUGAAUGUAUUAAUGGAUUAUGUACCGAACCGAACGUAUGUACCUGUGACGACGGAUUUACAAACGACACAGAAAACACAACAAUGUGUGUACCGGUAUGUGAUCCUGAAUGUAUUAAUGGAUUAUGUACCGAACCGAACGUAUGUACCUGUGACGACGGAUUUACAAACGACACAGAAAACACAACAAUGUGUGUACCGGUAUGUGAUCCUGAAUGUAUUAAUGGAUUAUGUACCGAACCGAACGUAUGUACCUGUGACGACGGAUUUACAAACGACACAGAAAACACAACAAUGUGUGUACCGGUAUGUGAUCCAGAUUGUAUUAACGGAACAUGUGUGUCUCCAAAUACAUGUGUAUGUAAAAGCGGUUUUCAUAAAGACGCUUAUUAUACUUACAAAUGUGUGCCGAAAUGUAAAGAAGGCUGUUUAAACGGGGUAUGCACGGCCCCAAAUUUCUGCACGUGUAAUCCUGGGUACGCCAAAGAUACAAGGGAACUUUACAAAUGUUUACCAGAGUGCCAUGACGGAUGUGAAAAUGGUGUUUGUGUAGCGCCUAACAAUUGCACUUGUCAUGACAAAUAUAUACAUCACACACGCCAUAACAUCUGCACUGCAAAGUGUCCAGAUGGAUGUGUGAACGGGAAAUGUACCGAUUACCUAACAUGUAAAUGUGAUAAGGGGUGGACAGGUGUCAACUGCUCGAAUGCAGAUUUUAAUUCUGCAUUAAGAAGAUUUUUGCCCGGUGGAAAGUUUCUUAAUCAUCCGUUCGCUCUGUGGUUGAUUGUUGUGCCACUGCUAGUGGUAGUGAUCCUCAUUGUUCCUGCAGUGAUGAGAUUCGUUACAUGGAAACGUACACUGCACAUGGACACGUUCUACUGUGACCACAUGGCGACACAAGAUGCGGUUAAUUGCGAAAACCUACUAUACAGCGUAAGCGAGAGAGACGAAAUCCCGAUAAUAGACAAAAACAAAGAGAUGGAACAAGAAGCUGAAUAUGACUUCAACUAUCCUGUUGCAAGCUCAUGUCGUCUGAAAAACAAAGAAGCCGAAGAUUCUACAUAAAGCAGCCUCUUUAAAAGUGGUUUAACUUUAGGCUGUCUCACGCUGCCCUGUUAUUACAGCCUAUUUAUCUCAAUGCCACAAAAAAUCCCUAUGAGUCAUAUAGGAAUGCAGCCUAUGAGUAUUAAUAUGUAAAUUCAGUGACACAGCAGACAUUUAUACGAAUAAUUAAUUCUAGAUAAAAUAAAUAACACCGAAGAAACCAGCAAGCGCUAAACCAGUUCAACCUGAUGAAAGAUCUAUGUGCUACCAAUUUCGAAUGACUUUGAGGCUUUUCGUGUAUAAGAUACAGCAAGAUAAAUAGGCCUAUUUGAAUGGUAAUGUUUAUAAUUAACGACCGUGGCCUAUUUAACCUUCACGCAAGCAAGAAUACUGAUAUUACAGCCAGAAAGAAUGAAACGGUAGCAUGUACGUCCUUUCCCUUCAUAUUAAUUUUAUCAAACUUUAAUGAGACACAAGGAUACGAAAGCGUAUGGCUAAUUCUAUUAUUAUUGUUAUAAAGAAUUAUUGUUAUUAUUAUGUUCUUACGAAAACUAAAAAGUGUGUGUUAAUUUACAAUUACGAGAAAAGCAAAUAUUCUACGCUUGUUCUUUAAUGAAUGAUAAUGGAUAACAAAAUAUAAAUAACUAU